AUGUCGUCGAUACACCGCUGUAUACCGUCCCUACGGCGUCUCCGCCUCGCCAACAACACAUUCCAGCAGUCACCUCCUCUCCGCCUUCAAGCAUCACGACUCGCCUCACAACAACGAUGGCAGACGCAAGAAGCAACGACGACGGCCUCCAACGCCGAUGAAGGUCCUCCGCCGUCUCGAUCCGGUAUCAGCCAGAAGAAGAUCAAAUACACAACGGAAUCAUAUCCCAACAUCAAACGAGACUCGCGGUUCAAGGAGAUCAAUGCCGAGGAUGUGAAGUACUUUCGCGAGGUCCUGGGCGUAGACAAUGCCAUUAUCGAUGGAGUGAAUCAGGAUGCGACCGACGAUCUGGAAGCGUAUAAUGCCGACUGGAUGCGCAAGUAUCGUGGUCAAACGAAGCUCUUGUUGAAGCCAGGUUCGACAGAGCAGGUCAGCAAGAUCUUGAAAUACUGUAACGAGAACAUGAUCGCGGUGAACCCACAAGGAGGGAAUACAGGACUCGUGGGAGGAUCUGUACCAGUCUUCGACGAGAUCAUCAUAAAUCUGGGACGAAUGAACAAGGUUCGCGAUUUCGAUGAUGUGUCUGGCAUCCUUGUCGCGGACGCAGGAGUCAUUCUCGAGACGGCGGACAACUACUUGGCUGAGCGCGGCCAUAUCUUUCCUCUGGAUCUGGGCGCAAAGGGAACAUGUCAGCUCGGUGGAAACAUUGCGACGAACGCGGGUGGUCUAAGACUGCUGAGAUAUGGAAGCUUGCACGGCAAUGUGCUUGGCCUGGAGGCUGUCCUUCCCGAUGGCACUAUCGUUGAUGACCUGAGCAAGCUGCGAAAGAACAACACUGGAUAUGACUUGAAGCAGCUCUUCAUUGGUGGCGAAGGUACCAUCGGAAUUGUCACUGCGGUCUCCAUCAUCUGCCCGCAGCGCAGCCCCGCAGUGAACGUUGCAUACUUUGGUCUCGAAUCAUACGAGAAAGUUCAAGAAGCCUUCAAGGAGGCCAAGAAGUCUCUACAAGAAAUCCUCUCGGCCUUCGAGCUCAUGGACAACAACUCCCAACAAAUCUACAAACGUGCAUCCGGCGCGAAACUCCCACUGCAAGGCGAGCACCCCUUCUACUGCCUCAUUGAGACCUCUGGCUCAAACACCGAUCACGAUAGCGAGAAGCUCACUGCAUUUCUCGAACACGUAAUGGGCGAGGGCAUUGUUGAGGAUGGUGUGGUGGCAGAGAACGAAACACAAUCGCAAAAUCUCUGGGCGUGCCGUGAAGGUGUGAGUGAAGCAUCACAACACUUUGGUGGCGUCUACAAGUACGACCUUUCAAUCCCACUGCCAGAGCUAUAUUCUCUCGUCGAGGAGACUCGCGCGAAGUUCCAAGAAUCAGGAAUGAUGGACGCCGAGGACGAGAGCAAGCCGGUGAUUGAUGUUAUCGGAUAUGGCCACAUGGGUGACUCGAAUCUACACAUCAACGUAGCAACAAGACGAUACGACAAGGAGGUCGAGAAAGUACUCGAGCCGUGGGUGUUCGAGUGGGUACAGAAGCGGAAUGGAAGUAUAUCUGCCGAGCACGGCCUUGGACUGGCGAAGAAGGAAUUUAUUGGAUACAGCCGAAGUGAUACCAUGGUCAAGUUGAUGAAGGACAUCAAGAAUUUGUACGAUCCCAAUGGGAUCAUGAACCCUUACAAGUACAUAUAA